AUGUGGGCGCAGGGCGGCCCUCCGGGGCCCGCGGGCUGGGACCGCCGCAGGGUGGGCGCCCGGCUGCGCGCGGCGCUCGCGGGGCUGCACGAGCUGCAGGGGCUGCGCGCCACUCAGCAGGCGCGCGUGCGGGGCGCCCUGGCCCUGCAGCCCCCGCCCGGCCCCGCCGCCCCCCGCGGCCCCGCGCGCCCCGAGCACCCACGCGGGCCCCGCGCGCACGAGUUGCGGCUGGAGGCGGCGCUGGCGGCGCUGCAGGAGCAGCUGAACCGUUUGCGGCGCCAGGACGUCGGCCUAAAAACCCACUUGGAGCAGCUGGACCGACAGAUCAGUGAGCUCCAGCUGGACGUGCGCCGACCAUGCAGCGAGCUUGCCGACAGCGACAGCAGGCCCAGCUCAGGCUUCUACGAGCUGAGUGAUGGUGGCUCCUGCUCCCUCUCUGCCUCCUGCACGUCUGUGUGUAGUGACCGCAUGUACUCCUCCUUGGGCACUCUGCUGCCAGCCGACCCCAUGGCCAGCCCCGAUGCGGGGGACUGCCGACCCCGCUCAGCCGACGAGACCACCGUGCACACAGUCCCCCUGCCCACAUGGGGACCCCAGGCCACCGAGGAAGGCCUGUCCCGGCCCAGGCCGGUGUCUACAGGUGAUCUUGAAAGAGUCCUACCACCUGAGGUGGUGUUCCAGAAAGCCAGCGCAGACCCCAAGUCCACAUCUUUUCUCUACCAGGGGAUGGACCUCCCAGUGCAUGUGCUGGAUCCCAAGUACCAGCGUGACCUGGUGUCCAAGGGUGGCAGGGAGGUAUACCCAUAUCCCAGCCCCCUGCAUGCUGUGGCUCUUCAGAGCCCUCUCUUUUCUCUACACAAGGAGGCCCUGCAGAGUAAUGGCCACUCUCCCCGGAGGGAGCCUCUGCCCAGCCCUGCGGCCGCAGGCCCCAGCCAGACUGGACCUGUCCUUGAGGCUGGCCCAGCUGCAGCAUAUAUAGACAAGCUGCUAAGGCUGCGGGGCCAAGGGACCCCCCCAAAGGGCGGUGUGGGUGAGCAUGGACCCCCAAGAUGUGAGGUGCCCCCAUCCCUGCAGGUGCUUGGUGGCCAGAGAGCAGACAGUGAAGGUGGCCCAGAGAAGCUGGUGUGCACCCCAGGGAGAGCAGGGCCGGGUGGGAUGGCCCAGAGGGUGGACACCAGCUGGGACAACCUCAGGCUUCGGGGACCUGCCAUGCUCCUUGCAGCUGCCCCGCACCCCAGCAGCCUUCCAGAGGAGGGACCCAGUCCCUCAAGAGGCUGCAUCCGUGGGGAGACCACGCUGGGUGCCCCUCAGCAGGGCCGUGGGCCAGCCCCCUCUCCCCGCCCCCAGACUCAACAGCAGGCUCUCAGCUGCCAAGAGAGCACAGUCCUGUCACCUGCCGGGAAGGGGGGCAGGGCAAGCCCCACUCUGCCCCCAGGGCACUGUGCCCGCCCCCCAUUUGCUGCCAGCGGACCUUCCCUCCUGGGGCUGAAAACAGGCCACCCCAAGAUGAAGGCUACGAAGACCAAGAGAGGGGCCAGUGACAAGGUGCUGCGGUUUGGGGGGCAGCCUUCCCCCGAGGGGGCCCUCAGAGACCCCCUUUUGCCCCCAGAGUGGGGGGAGGGUCUCAGGAGGAGGCCCCCCCUGGCGGGGGCGACCCCCAGCCGGUCCUGCUCCGAGCCCAGACUCUACCCCGUGCCCCUCCUGGUGCCCCUGCUGGUGGCCCGACGGGAGAGUCGCCAGGCCCCCACCCAGGCCUUGUUCCCCGUGGAAGCCAGUGCUCUGGGCGCGGCGGGCGGGGAGGCGCGGAAGAAGCAGCGCAGGUGGCUGUCCUCCGUGGAGAUCUCCGGCAGCCCGGGGCCCCACAGGCCGGCAGCGGGCAGGGCGGGCGGUCCCCGGCCCGUGUGCGCCCGCGCCCGGCCCAAGCUGCCCCGCCAGGACGCCCGGGUCAGGAGCGAGUCGGACGGCUCCGAGCCGUCGGCCGAGGGCGCCUCCCUGCCCCGCUCCACGGUGGCCGAGACCAGCGAGGACGGGGCCAGCGACCACACCGCCAGCCGCUUCGGGGACCGGGAGUCCAGCAGCAGUGACUCGGAGGGCGGCGCCUGGCCUGGGGCGUGUCCCCCGCAGCCCUGGAGGGCCCCGGGCGCCCGCAGGCCACCCCUGCCUCCGGUACCCAAACUGUGCCGCAUCACCUCCAAAGCGCUGAGGAGAAAGAUCCGAAGGUUCCAGCCGGCAGCGCUCAGGGUCAUGACCAUGGUGUGAGGCCCCCAGGAGGCUGCGCAAGGGACAGGGACCUCCUGAGGACCCACAGUGAGCGCGCGUGACCAGCACACACAGGCCCUCCCAGGACUAAGGACCGGGACCUACCUCGUUGGCCGUUUAGGACGUGGACGUGUGUCGUCUGGCCAACGUGGCUGAUCUCUGAAGUCACAAAAGGGGACAGGCCCCAGAGAAGAGGCGACGGAGUGGGUCCCCGGGCUCACCCUGCGGCCUGCAGAGGCUCUGGGAGCAUGUCCCCACCCCCGUGGAUGCAGGGGAGACUGCAGAGCCAGCCCACCCGCUGCCUCUGUGGCAGCGUCUUCCCAGGGAGAGUCCCAGCCCGGUCCGCCUUGUGGUCCUCAUGGUCCCCUCCGGGCCCCAUCUGCUCAGCUGGCACCGUGGUCACCCGCAGCCCUCCUAAACAUUACUCCCAAAAGCAUUCUCUUAGAGGGUGUUCUAGAAACCAGGGUGUGAGCCCUCCCCGUGAAUCAACAUGGAUCAUGCCAUCAUCUUCGUAAACCACCUCUCGGUGGUAGGUCCGCCAGGCCUGUGUCCCCACCCCGUGGGUGCCCUCAUGUGUGGCAGGAACAUGCAUCUCUCACAUGCGUGGCCCAAACUCUGGUUCCAACACAAGGAAACAGUGUAAAAGUGUUCGUGGAGGGGCGCCCGGUGGGCUCAGUCGGAGGAGCUCGUGACUCUUAGUGUCGGGGUCGUGAGUUCCAGCUCCAGCCCCGUGUUGGGUGUAGAGAUGAUUUCAAAUAAAAUCCUUUUUUUUUUUAAGUGUUUUCGAAAAA